AGAAAUGGUGAGUGUGGUACAAACGUGUGUAAGUACAGCCUUUCCUGUGUGCUUGACCCCAAAGACAACAGACGAAUGGCCAGUACUUGGACGUUAACUGUAAAUUUUGAAUGGUGUAAGAUCAACAAAACAGAUUUCGACCAAGACGUCCAUUGCAGUAACUGGGAGACUCUUAUCAUGUGACGAAGAUGUGCGAGGGGUGAUGGGUGGCUUGGGCGCGGCACUCCUGUGGCUGGUGUGGGUGGGAGCAGCCUUUGGUUACUCGGUACCCAAGCCGCAAGAUUCGGAAGGAGAGGAGGUGUACUGCGAGUGCGUGCCGUACUACCUGUGCCAGGACGGCGUCAUCAUUACCGACGGCAGGAAUGUGAUCGACAUAAGGACUUCUCGCCAAAGGACGCCAGUGACCAACGUGAAGGCGUGUCCUUCAGUAAUAGACGUUUGCUGUGGCCUUCCUCCGUCGCUUACUACCACUACCUCCACCAUCACCCCCAUGACCUCCAGCACCCUUCCCCCGGUCACCCUGCCACCCACGCUGCCCCCGGACACUCCCUGCCGGUGUGUGGGAAUCCUCGAGUGUCCCGCCGAGCUCCUGGUGAGUGAUGGCAAAGGGAACACUAAUCUGGAGUUCCUGGGUUUGAGUUACUCACACUCUCAGUGCCAGGACGCCUUCUCCCUCUGCUGCGCCUACGAGAUCACCCCUACACCCACGUCCACGCCCACGCCCACGCCCACCGCGCCGCAGUGUGAGUGCGUGGAGCCGUACCUCUGCGAUGAGCACGGCUACAUCAUUGUGGACGGCCAUGGUUUGCUGGACGUCAGGAGAGACCCGUCAUCAGUGCUCCCGCUGGACUCCGGCGAGUGUUCUGACAGUUACUUCGUCUGCUGCCUCCCUCCACCGGCCCCCACGCCCUUUCGUACUUCCCCUUCCACCACCCCCACUACUACCACCUCCAUCACCCCCACUACCGAAUCUACCACUCCUCGCCUCUCCCGCAACUACACCAAAUCUGCGGUGUCUUCCACCACCAUCACCACCCCCACCACUACCACCGAGGAGCCUCCCAUCAGCUGUGGCAUCAGGAACUCCGAUGGAAUAGUGGCACGAAUCAUCGGGUUCCAGGACGGGGAGAGCCAGUUCGGUGAGUUCCCCUGGAUGGUAGCCGUGAUCAACAGCGCCCCCAUCAUGGGCAUCCCCUCCUACCGCUUCGUGGGGGGCGGCACGCUGAUCUACCCACGAGUUGUCCUCACGGCCGCCCACAAAGUUAUGCAUGUGAACGCGAGCCAGUUAGUGGUGCGGCUCGGGGAGUGGGACACGCAGAAGCAACAGGAGCCAUACCCGCACCAGGACAUCCAGGUGGAGAAGAUGGUGGUGCACCCGAAAUUCUUUGCCCCAGCUCUCCUCUUCGAUGUCGCCCUCCUGUUUCUGAAGGAGGAGGCAGUUCUCGCGCCCCACGUCAACACCCUGUGCUUGGCGGAGGACUUGGAUACCGUCGAUAGCUCCGCUUGUGUCAUCAACGGCUGGGGAGUGGAUCGUUUCGAUAUGGGCGAAUACCAGGUGGUCAUGAAGAGCCUCACCCUGCCGCUCGUGAGCAACCCCGAGUGUCAGAACAUCUUGAGAACCACGAGACUGGGGAAAUACUUCCGCCUCCACCCCACCUUCAUCUGCGCCGGCUGGGAGAAGGGCAAGGACGCCUGUAAGGGUGAUGGAGGCGGUCCGCUGGCCUGCCCUAGGAAAGACGGAGAGCCUGGGCAGUACCUCCUAGUGGGCAUCACAGCGUGGGGCAUUGGCUGCGGCGAGGAAGGGGUGCCUGGAGUGUACGUCAACGUGCCCUACUUGUACUCCUGGAUUACUGACACCGCGACACUCCACCUCACCUCUACCACCACCACUGAACCUACGCUUCCAACCCAGUUCUACAGAAGUCGCCUUUUCUCGUAGUUCAGGUCACAGUUACUUGCAUGUGUUCCUCUCUCUGUAACUCGACUCGUAAGCAUACGUAGGUUCAUAUGUGUACAGUCAUGUGCUUUAGUUGAGUCACUCCCUCUGUGUUGAACUUUUCCCUCCCUCAUGUUCUCCUUUGAAGCGUCAUAGAAAUACUGAGUAAUGUAUUUGAGAGAUUUUUUUUUUCCCCCUGGGACGAAGAUAUGAAGUACAGUAAUGUAGACGUCAGGACCACGGACGAUCGCUGGGUUUCAAGAUAAUUUUCAAGACCUUAGCACCUCCUCAUCAUUUGAUCUACUGAUGAAAAUGACAAGCUUACAAAAUGUGACGAAUGAUAACGUCAACAAAUCAGGAUUGAGGGGAAACACAGAACACACCGAAAGAAAACUAUUGACCAUAAUUAUACUAGAAUCAAAGGCAUGAUUAGCUGGAGGAGGCAAGGAGAUGUUAACACUUAUUCACUAACUCGUUUGGUGAUUGUUCGUUACUGAUAAUGAGUGGAAGGGAAAGAUCUACUUCAUAAUCUAUAAUCUAUAUUCGCUCAUAGAAUGUCGAAUCAGUAUUCCAUAAGCGUAUACAAACAUAGAAGCUUUAUAAUAUUCAUAAAAUUACUGAUAAACAGAGUAUAUUUUCUUCAAAUAAAUACAGGUAUGCAUAAA